AUGCAUAAUGGAAUUAAUAUUACAAAUCAGAAGAGACACAUAAUUUAAGAUUUCAUUAAAAUGAGAAGAAUCGAUCUCUUUAUGUAAAUCAAAUCCUGAAUAUUCUAGGAAAGAUUUUUUUCGAUUCUAAAUUAUCAGUGUAAUUAAAAAUACUUAUCUUUUAACUACAGUAAAUAAGAUCAAUCUUAAUAUUAUUAAAUCAGAUUUACCUUAUUAAAAUUAUUUAGAGAAGUAAUAAUAAGACAAUUUGAAGAUUUUGAAUUAAUAUUUACAGUUAAUACAAAUAAUAUUGUAUGUAGGAUUAUAAAAGACAGUAGUCACAAUCCUAUUUAUUGGUGGUUCUAAUUAUAUAGUUAUACUUAGAGGAGAUUAAUUAAAGCAUACAUCAUUUGAUGUAACUUUGAUGGCAAGAGAACUACAAUCUAUUAAUUUAAAUAAUAAUCAUAGAAAUAGAUAUUAAAAUAAUUAAAGAUUAUAAAAACAUACCGUGGAGUAUUAUAAUUUAUUUAUUUUUGGAUAAUAAAAAUGUUAUUAUUUUAGAAUUAUCAUUUUAAAAUUUUUUUUAAAUUAAGUUGAUUAAAAUAUUCAAAUUAUUUAAGAAUAAGAUACUUCAUCAACUAUUGAGUUUGUAUUGAUUCAUCAAGAAUGGAAAUUGCUCUUCUUUUUUAUAAAUGUAGUUGACUUUCUACUUUAGAAUAGUAUGAUUUAAUUAUUUUAAAUAAUUAUUUAUCAAUUUAAGUUUACAGAUAAAGAUAUUAUAUAUCCUUUAAAUUAUUCAACAAGUAGAAGACAGUAAAUAGGAAGAAGAUGA